AUGGUCCUCAAGACAUCCUCAGCAUUCGUCAUCUGCUCAUCCAACAACGUCCUUAACCUCCUCGCCGUCCCCGCACACCACACAUCAAUAACGUCACCACCCACACGACGACCCUCCUCCUCUGACCACCCCGCAUCACAACACAAACAACCCUCAACCUCACGAUCCUACGCAACAGUAAGCAAUGGCCCAAAAACCAACCCUGGCAAUAGGCUCUGGCCAACCUGCACAAAUCCAACCCCCUACGACAUCUUCGCAAUACACAAAACAGCACCCUACACCAAAUCCCGCUUCGCCGAGCUCGUAAAACAAUACCACCCAGACAAACACCACGCCACAGCCCUGGACUCCCUCCCCGCCGCAACCCGCCUAGAACGCUACCGCCUUAUCGUCCUCGCAAACGAAAUCCUCAGCUCCCCGGAUAAACGCCGCGCCUACGACGCCUGGGGCUUCGGCUGGCACGUCCCCGGCACCGGCAAGGAAGCCGCAGAAGACAUCAACGAAGUCUACCGCCGCGCCGAUAAAGCAUGGCGCCACGGCUACGGUGCCGCCGGCGGAGGGCGGGGAGGUGAUUCCCCCGCCAUGAAUGCGACAUGGGAAGACUGGGAACGCUGGCACGAACGGCAAGCCAAUGGCGGGAACGAGAAACAAAAGCCAAUGUACAUGUCCAACGCCAGCUUCGCGGCGCUGGUCCUUGCUGCGUUGGCGGUGGGCACAGUGGCACAGACGACGAGAAUGGAUAGUAGCACGGCGACGUUCCUCGAGAAGAAGAAUGCGCACGAGGCCAACAUCAGCGAGACGCUGAGGCGGCAGGGCCAGGCUGUGGCUGGUAAGGGGCGGGAGGAGCGUAUUGAGCGGUUUGUGAGGGAACGGGAGAAUAUUAAUUUUGGGUUCAUGCCGAGUAAACUAGAUGUUCGACCGGCGGCGUCGACGAGUCCAAAGUAA